AUGGCUACAGAUGCAGCCAGUCUCUCGCAGGCCAUCUGCGAGUGUGGUAGGAAUCAUCAGCGUGCGGGAACUCGCAGGUUCGGAAAGGACGGGCUAAUGGCGCAUUGCUUGCGCUCGGAGGCUGUGAAAUACUACGAUAUGGGAAUUAAGUGUUUCCAAAAGUGGCAAGCCAAGAGCGAGGAAAACCCUGGUUGGAAUCUGGCCGACUCGAUUACCUGGAUGCGCAAAUACUUCGACCAAAUCAGCAUCACGUGCGCCGAGGACAAGAGAACCCUGGGACCUUACCCUUCAGAUUCGAUCUUGCCAGUUAUUGUCGGCGAUGAGGAGGAGUCGCUGAAGAUAGCGAAAGAGGCAGUACUGACGCUCUACGAGUCCUGCACUGACUGUGUCAGUGAAAAUGUAUGGACUGAUGAACCGCCGCUCCAUCACAAUAAUGAUCCCGAUGGAUCGUUGACGUGCAUAGACGAAGCAUUGAAAGAUGCAAUGGACGCAAUCAAUUCGAUUAAAAAGGCAGAAGGUGCAUCAAUUCAGGAUCUGAGCGACAAGUCGUACAGAAUUUGGAGGGAGGCCAGGCGGCUGCUGUGCGAGUAUGAACGACCACUCGUUUUCAUCAUCCCAAGCAAUGCCGAUUCCGUGACUGCAAUAUCAAGCACUGGGAAAGGCAGUGAUGGACGGAAGAAGAGUGAGGCAGGACCAACCAUGACUUGA